UUAAACUUCUAAUUUACAGUACUAUCGUCCCACGCUCCACUAUACAAAUCUAGAUUGUCUCUACUUCUAACCAUACGGAAAACCGCCUGCUUCUUGGCCAAUCCCCCAUAGUGGGUACGCGCCACUCUCGAGGCCACAAGACAAGACUACGGUGUCUGGCAUUUAGAAUGUGAAGAAGUUGCUCGGCAGUGCUGCUGCGACCGCGAACAGAUGUCGGCUGCGAGGUUCGACUUUUCGCCAUCGUUGCCUCUGUUUUGCUGAAGUGUCGCCUAGGGAUAGUGAUAAGGAUGACACGGAAAGCGACAGCACGCGCGAUUCAGGCCCGACAGUGGCAGGAGCUGCGAGUUACGUCAUCAUGUUUCACGCAGGUACAGCCAAUGCUUUUGCAGCUUCCAGACCAUGUCUGAGCACUGUGGCUCGUUCAAAGAGCCCAAGUGCAUGCCCACCAAGCUUCCACAGCUGCAUACACAGCUUUGGCAAAGGUGACAAGCAGGACCACAACCAUGACCAUAGCUGAAGCCACAGCUAGAGUUGCAAUAACUACCAGGGCACGGCCUGCCUCAAAACUUGCUGCCACAGACAUUCUCUCUGCAGCCUGCCAAACAGGGUCCCUGGAGCAGUACCAAUCUCUCGUGUCGGUGCAUGGCGGGCUGCAUUCCUGCCGGCUGUGCCCUUACAAGACCAAGCGCAAGUCCCGCAUCAGGACACACCUGUGCACACACACAGGUUCCUUGCCAUCAGGGUCCCUGGUGCAGGAUCGUCCUCUCCUGUCCGUGAGUGCCCAGCAAUAUUCCUGCCAGCUGGGCCCUUGCAAGACCAAGUAUAGGACAAACGUGGAAAACCGCCUGUGUGUGGGCACAGGCGAGCGCCCCUUCAAGUGCCACCUCUGCCCAAACACAUACACUCAAAAGUGCCACCUGAAGCAUCACCUGCGCAGCCAUACAGGCGAGCGCCCCUACCAGUGCCAUCUGUGCCCGGAAGCAUUUACGCAGAGUAGCCACCUUACACGCCACCUGUGCUACCACACCAGAGAGCGUCCCUUUCCCUGCAUGCACUGCAGUGCAUCCUUUGCACAGAGGGGGCACCUCGUACGCCACGUGUCUCAUCAUUCAAAAAAGAAGCCCUGUUCCUUAGUAUUGGAAUCUCGUGAGCAGUACCUUUCACUCGUGUCCGUUUGUGGCCAGCUGCAUUCCUGCCUGCAGUGCACUUACAAGACUAAGCACAAGAAGCACAUGACCCAACACCUGCGCAUACAUACAGGCGAGCGGCCCUUCAAGUGCCAUCUCUGCUCGGAGGCGUUCACUCAGAAGUGGCACCUGAAAGAGCAUGUGCGCACCCACGCGGGAGAGCGUCCCUACCAGUGCCACCUGUGCUCGGAAACAUUCACUCAGUGUAACAGCUUGAAACGCCAUGUGCGUGCCCACACAGGAGAGCGCCCCUACCAGUGCCACCUGUGCCCAGAAGCGUUCACUCAGAAUAACAGCCUGACACGGCACAUGCGUACCCACACUGGAGAGCGUGCUUUUCCCUGCAUCCACUGUGGUGCAUCCUUUUCACGGAAAGACAACCUCUUGCGCCACAUGUCCUGUCAUUCAGAGGAGAAGCCCUAAAGGCCAGGGGCUUGAAGUUUUGUUAUUGAUCAACUGAUUGAUCUAAUAUAUUUUUUGGGGUUAGAAAUGAUUUAUAAACCGGAUUGGGAGUAACGUGGCUGUUUGGGCUUGUUGGUAAAACAUAUUGAUUUACUGCAGCACAGAUAUGGACAAUGGAAAAUGAGGUGCCAGAUGUGUUUUAACUUCCAACAAAAAGAUUUAUUUUCGGCGACCCGUGUUUAUAGCCAUAACAUUGCACAUGCAUAUUUCACACACUUAAGAAAGUUAACUCUUUGACAAAUGUAUAGAUGAUGUGCUGACACACGAAGCCAAGUCGUGAGAUCAUUCCAGCCUCAAUUAUUUUACAUGUUAGUUGAUCACCGCUUAUGCUGACGACAGUACAUUGAGCAGAAAAUGGUUCACAGCCAUACAAACUGCAAUGACAUGCAAGCCAAUCGUUACCCAUUCUUUUCUUGACAUUGUAUGAUACAUUGUAUGAGUGUUCUCUCAGCUGGUCAUUGAUAAGCAUCCCGUUUACCCUAUGUACUGUGUACCACAAGAAAACGGGUACAAUAAACUAUGUUGCUAACACAGGUGACAAACAUACUUUUGUGCUUUUUGUUACAGAUGUGGGGCAUGCUGUAACAUUUCCUUUGAUUACGCAACUUAAUAAGCCUCUGAGCUGCAGAGAUGAUAACUUUAACUUUGGAACGAUCUGCAGUUUUCUUAAUAUUGUGAGACAGCUUAUGAAUGUAGGAGGUAACAGUCACUUUUUGUGUCUCUCGGAUGCAGCGACCACAUUACAACCGCUCGGCACACAGACUUUUCUGGGCAGAGAUUCCGCAACUGAACACUGUA